GUUGCAUUCAUGCUAUGUAUUGACAUUUUAUUUACGACUAUAAAAAAUAGCCUUGUGAAUAUUGCGUAUUUUAACUAAGCAUGCACACUAACAUUAACAGUUGGUGGUUUUCAAGACUCGCCUCGACUGCUUGGACAACGUCCAGCCAUACUCAAUCUCACUUGUGGUAGGAUCCGUUGAAAAUAUUAUACAUAAAGUUGUUGGUGAUGUUUAACCUCUGGGAGAAUGAGAAACCAACACAAGUUUUAAUCAGUCACUUCACUCUAAUUCACUGAAGGAUAGACUGGCUGCAAACUGCUGCCAUGCUAGCAACUCUUAGAGUGAUUUCACUUGUUGUGAGUUUCGUAAACUCGACCACAAUGUUACUCAAGUGCUGUGAUAAUAGAUAUAUACUUGACAAUAGUUUAAACUGCAUAAAGAAUAGUAGUAACGGAAAAAUGAUUCCCGAGCUGAGUAACGAUGUUGGAAUAACAAUUACUAGCAUCUGUUCAAUCAAUAAAUUAGAAAUGUUGUCAAAUUUUAAAGACUAUGCAAAUAAUAGUUUAUGCAUGGAUAAGUUUGAUAAUGGAUCCUCAGUAAUCCUCUUGUGUCUAGGAACUGAUAAUGAGACUAUUAACAAUCAGUGUGAUAGUAUAGUAACAGUUUUAAAUUUUUGGGGAGCUUCGAUGGUGGUACUUGCAACAAUUCUCUACACAAUUUCUUAUGUCAUAGUUGUUAUUGUUUACUGCUUUCUACCAAAAAACCAGAAUUCUGCUUAUGACAGAUCUGUCAUUUCUUUCAAUGUUUCCUACAUUGUCCUGAAUACUUUGAUUAUUUUUAGUGGAUAUUUUGAACUGUGUCACAUAGAAUUGACAAACACAACGUAUGGAAUUCUAGGAUUGAUAAUCGUGUAUUUUAUUCAAGCUUGCUGUUUGUGGUUGUUUAUCAUUUGUUUUGAUAUGACUUUGGCGAUUACUAGAUUCCACUGGAUACCAAUUUAUUUAGAUAGACGUGAUGGUAGAAAUGAGUUUAGAAAAUAUGCUGCUGCUACUUGGUUUGCAUCAACAGUACCAACAAUCAUUGCAGCAGUAAUGGAAUUCAAUAGCGUAUUGCCCCACGAGUCAUCGUUGAGACCCAACUUCUCUGAUUUUCAUGGUCAACAUAAUAUAGCUAUUUUAUUUUAUACUUUAUUUCUACCAGUAGUUAUGUUACUGACCAAUACAUGUCUUUUUUUCGACACGACAUAUAAGAUAAUUAAAAUCCAAAGAGAUGAAAAGAUUUUGAAUAAAAAUAGAAGCAAAGUGAAGAAGGCAAAAAAGAGGUAUAUUGUUUACUUGAAGCUCUACCUCAUUAUGAAUGCAUCUUGGUUAUCAGGUGCACUAUCAGCUGUAUUUCCAAGUCUGUGGUUUCUCAAGUUUGUAAGGAUACUACAACUUAUUCUUAUGCUUAUCGUUAUCGUGCCAAGGCAACGAAUGAUACAAGCUUACGACUGUUUAAGAAAUACCUUAACGAAGUGUUCAGCUUGUUUUAGAGGAGAUGUAGCUAAAAGCAUUUAUAAAAAAAAAAUAAAUAUUUUAUUAGAGUUUAAUAGAAGUAUUAAUUGUUGAUUUGAAAAUGUCGUUGUCCUUGUUGCUAUGCCUAUAUCUGCUGCUCAAUAGACAGAAUUGAAACUGACCUGGAACUCAGCAAUUCCCAGCUCGGAAAUAGAUGUAAUUACUUCAAAUAGACUCUUUAACUAAGUUACUAGAGGUUACGAGGCAAUAUUGGAAUGCCUGCAGCAUUUCUGUAUGCAUAUGUAACAUUUAUUGUUAUUACUAAAAAUUGAUUUGAGUAUUCAUAAAUUUCAUCAAUAAAAUUAUCGAUCUUUUAAUAAUCACAUGAAAGCUAUAAGAAUGUCAAGUCAGUAAAUGUUGUUGACAUAUGCUAAUUUUGACUUCAAUUCUAAUGUUUACUUUCUGCAAUAAAAUAACUAAUGUAAUUUUAAGGUCAAUAGAAUAUUGCCAUUCAUUAUUAACUACAUUUUGUCUUUUGCUCAACUUUAAAUAUUAAUUUAAUUUUAUAAAUUCCAUUUAAAACGAAAUGAAUAACAAUUUUAAUUGUUAUUGUUACAGCAAAUCUCAAAUUUGGAAAUGUUUUAAAGUGACGUCACCCAUUUGAUUAACAUUGUAGUUACUUUUCAAAUACUUCCAAGUGCAUUAGAAGUGACUACAAUGUUAAUCAAAUAGAUGACAUCAUUUUAAAACACUACGAUUUGCAAUGGUUUUAUUUUUUGUGAUAAAGAAAAACUUAAUGGCAAUAUGUAGAAUCUGCAACUAAUUGAAUUUAUAAAUAAACAACUUUCCAUAUAUAAGAUAGUCUGGAGGUAAUAUAAUGUUUGAUCAUAAGAGGGUAGAAAGAACGACAAUGUGAGGGAAAAGUAAUUCGUGGCUUGUGCUUUAUAGCUUCAAGGAUGACGAAAAGAAAAUUUAAAAUCGAAUCAACGAAAAAAUCGGAUUACGCUACGACUUCAAUUCCACUACUGCAAACAUAAGGAUUGAGUCUGUUGUCAACUUUUAGUUGUAAAUCGUAUCCCAGUGUUGUAAUCUAUUAA